AUGUCGGACGAUACACCUAAGAACCUCCGCCCACUCAACCGGUACAUCACCACCCAUAAUCCAGACGGCAAAGCCAUAUUCUCCAAUGCGCUGUCAGAGGAAAUGCCCAUCCAGCGCAUGAAAGAUGGCGCAGACUUCAGUCUCGCGUAUACCUCCAACCACUUCCCCGCCCAGCUGAACGACGACACCGACAUCAAGGACUACACGGGCUACCUCUCCAAUCCCCCGGGCAUUACGAUUUCGAGUGGAAAUGUGUGUCGCAUCGUGGAUAUCCAGCCCGGCGCGAUGAGUCCGAUGCACCGCACCGUGUCGCUGGAUUAUGGGGUCGUGCUCGAGGGCGAAGUUGAACUUGUGCUGGACUCGGGAGAAACGAGGGUUCUGAAGCGGGGAGAUGUUGCUGUUCAGCGCGGCACCAACCAUGCCUGGCGCAAUGUGACGCCGGAUACCGUCGACCCGGUUACCAAGGAGAGGACGCCGCAGUGGGCGCGCAUGCUGUAUGUGCUUGCGCCGGCGCAGCCUAUGGAGAUUGGAGGGAAGAGUUUGGGCGAGGUUGUGGAUGGCAUUGGGGUUCGAGCUAGCACCUGA